CCACGAGAUCUGGCAACACUUCCAUUUUAAGACGCGACAUAGCGAUUUGUACGUUUUUAAUUUUCCAGAAAGAAAAUGGCAUGAAAACCGGCCAGAAAAGUGCAACGAACGAAGCUAAAAACCCAAAAUUUUCUAAACACACACACAUACAGAAACGAGAAGAGCCAACGAACUCGUGCAGCGACGCCCAAGAAUGAAAGAGAGCAAGGCAACAUGAAAAUUACAGCAACAACAGCAACUGGCUUGCCGAAGAAGUUGUAAAAGACGCAGAAGAAGAAGCAGCCACAACAGUAUUUUUUAUUAGCGGGUGUUGUUGUUGUCAUAUACACACAUCUACUCUAACUCAACGUUUACGUUCCACCAGCAGCAUACAUAUGUAGAGAAAACGAAUUCCAAAGAGAUCUGACGACGCCCUUGCAGCGGACAACGAAUAUUUAUAAUUUAUUAUUGUGAUAGUUACUAGUUUUAGCAUUUUUAAGCUUUUAAACAACCAAACGUUGCAAACCAAAAACGAGAGGAGUAGAUAUCCAAAAGUCAACUGCUACAAAAUUGUAAUGCAUUCCAAAAUGAGUGGACAACAUGGGAUGGCCAUCCCAGCCCUGCUGUUGAUCGGUAGCCUGGCAUAUCUGACUUACAUCGAGGCCUGCUCCAGCCGUACGGUGCCCAAGCCGCGCUCCUCGGUCUCAUCAUCGAUGUCCGGCACAGCAUUGCCGCCCACCCAGGCGACAAGUAGCACCACAAUGCGCCCCACCACGACGACCACGCCCAGGCCGAAUAUUACAUUCCCCAUUUACAAAUGUCCGGAGAACUAUGAUGCCUUUUACUGCCUGAACGAUGCCCAUUGCUUUGCUAUCAAGGUUGGCGAAGAUCCGCUUUAUAGCUGCGAGUGCGCCAUUGGUUUUAUGGGACAGCGGUGCGAGUACAAGGAGAUCGACAGUACUUACCUGCCCAGGAGACCGCGUCCAAUGUUGGAGAAGGCGAGCAUUGCAAGUGGUGCCAUGUGUGCUCUGGUCUUUAUGCUGUUCGUCUGUCUGGCCUUCUAUCUGCGCUUCGAACAGCGGGCUAACAAAAAGGCCUACGAGUUGAAGCAGGAACUGCAGCAGGAAUACGAUGAUGAUGACGGGCAGUGCGAGUGUUGCCGGAAUCAGUGCUGUGCGGAUGACGAUGAGCCGGUCAUACUGGAGCGCAAGCUUCCCUAUCACAUGCGGCUGGAGCACGCGUUGAUGUCCUUUGCCAUUCGACGCAGCACUAAGCUGUGAGGAGAGCGAAAUACAGGGAGCCGAAAAAAAUCGAAUAUGCCUUGCCCAACACAAACUUCAUUGGGCUUUAGUCGAUAGUUGAUAAUACCUAUUUACUGAAUGCUAAAUGUAUACUCAAGAACGAACUGUCCACUCAAACCUAUCUAGAGAUCUUCACUUUCUUUUACCGAAAGAUUGCACACAGAAAACUGGUUUAAAUAAGCCAGCCCGCCUUGUAUUACCCCAAUUGACUAUGAAUUUUUUAAAACCUUACGCUAGCUAUUUAUUAUUAUUGCUAACUGAUAUGCGUAUCACAAACACAACGCGAAACACGCGCCAAGUAUUAUUUAUUGCGAGAGAUUUAAGAAAAAAUGAUAUGGAUUUUCUAAAUAAACAUAAGAAACCGCACCAUG